CUCAAGCGCACGAAACAGAUUUAUAGAUAUAAUUGUGCUGUGAUAUUCAAGAGAGUUUAAUACGCCAAGACUUCGACGAUUAACUCCUACGAUUUAAGUUCUUUCAAUGGAAGACUGUAUGUAACCACCUAGUAAAACAUCAUCAUCAUCCCCAUGGGUUUCUCUAUAGACCUUCAUUGUUAAUGUGGACAAAAGCAGCGGAGCGUCUAGAUUCUGGAUCAGAGCUUCAGUAGAGGUGGGCAGUGGUCGGAGGAGAACUUGCGGGGAAUGCUGGGAGGAGACGGCUUUCCCGAUGGAGAAGAGGAGAACUCUUCUCCAGGCUCCAGCAAGCGUUUGGAGCAGACGGACCAAGCUACCAGUGGGCAGGACCCCGGGACCAGCGGAUCAGGGUCCGGGUCCGGAUCGGGUUCAGGUGAGGAGGAGGAAGCUGAGAAGCAGCGAGGAAGGACCAGCAGAGGGGAAAGCUCAGCGGGCUGUGAGGAGAGCAGAGGAGAGCAGACGCACGAGGAUGUGGACAUGAACAGCGGUCACGACUCCAGCAGCGGAAACGACAGUGUCAGGGGCUCACGACAUCAUCGUUCCUCGGCCAAUUGCAGCCCUGGAAGCACCAUAGGAUCAGGAAGAACCAAGAGCUCAAAAUCUGCCACUGGUUCCUCAUCGUCCAGUUUUCACAGCGCUCAUCACACAGAGUGCAGCGUGUGCAUGUGCAGUGAACAGAUGGAGCACGGCCGUGAGCAGACACACCGAGAGAUGAUGCAGAUGGUGCAGGAGAUGAAGAAACGGCUGCCGUCGGAGAAGAGAAGCCGCAGUAAAGCCAGUACGGUGGAGGCACUGAACCACGCACUGAACUGUGUCAAACAAGUACAAGCAAACAGCGAGUACUACAACUUACUAAUGAGCAGCGGACUGGAGAAGAGACGAGAAGCUACUGUGUGCUCGCUGGAGGAGCUGGAGGGAAUCACUUCAGAACACACGCUGAAAAACACUGACACGUUUGUGGUGGUCUUCUCUCAGGCCUCCGGGAAGGUGGUUUACGCGUCUGAACAGGCCUCCAGCGUGCUUCACUGCAAGAGGAAGUUUCUGGAAUCUGCCAAGUUCGUGGAGCUGCUGUACCAUCAGGACGUCAAUGUGUUUUACUCGCACACGGCGCAGCCACGACUGCCGCCCUGGAACGUGGGCACAGACAGCGCGGCGGUUCUGUAUAAAUGUGCCCAGGUCAAGUCCUUCUUCUGUCGAAUCAGAGGAGGGAAAGAUAGAGAUGGAGAAAUGCGUUAUAGUCCGUUCCGGAUCACUCCGUACCUGCUGAAGGUUCAGGGAUCGAGAGCAGAGGAGGAGCCGUGCUGUCUGGCCCUGGCCGAACGCAUCAUCUCAGGAUAUGAGGCCCCUCGCAUUCCCAUGGACAAGCGCAUUUUCAGCACGACUCACUCACCAGGCUGUGUCUUUUUAGAAGUGGAUGACCGUGCGGUGCCUUUGCUCGGCUACCUCCCUCAGGAUCUGAUCGGUACCUCAGUUCUGACCUGCCUGCAUCCAGACGACCGCCUGCUCAUGCUGUCCAUGCACCGCAAAAUUCUGAAGUACGCGGGCCAGCCUCCGUUUGAACACUCACCCAUCCGGUUCCAGUGUCAGAACGGCGACUACGUCACCUUGGACUCCAGCUGGUCCAGCUUCAUCAACCCCUGGAGCCGUAAGGUGGCCUUCAUCAUCGGAAGGCACAAAGUUCGCACUGGACCUCUGAAUGAUGACGUUUUUGCUGCACGGAGUAAAGCUGAGCAGUCAGUCAUGUGUGAGGACGUUAAAGAGCUGCAAGCCAUGAUCUACAAGCUCUUCUUACAGCCUGUUCAUAAUAAUGGAUCCAGUGGCUAUGGCAGUCUGGGUAGUAACGGCUCUCACGAGCACUACAUCAGUGUGGCGUCCUCCAGCGACAGUAACGGAAACCUCUGGGAGGAUUCGCACAGAGAACCAAUGACAUUGCAGCAGUUUUGUGCUGAUGUCAAUAAAGUGAAGAACUGGGGCCAGCAGGCGUAUCUGGACUCCCGGAGGAAGCUCACACCUUUAGGACCAGCCACUGCAGUGGCGGCAGCAGGCGUUUAUCCUAAUACCAGUCAGGGUUUGGGAAUUAGAGAUCAUCUAAAGCAGUCUCUACAAGAAGCCCGGAAACGACCACACAUCCCAUCCUACCAGCAGAUCAACUGUGUGGACAGCAUCAUCAGAUAUCUGGAGAGCUGUGUGACGUCUGCUUUGAAACGAAAGAGCGAAUCUUUGUCCAUAGCUACGUCAUCUUCAUCCUCCAUGUCUGGGGAAGACAAACCCACAGCGGCCGCACAUGAAGACGCUGUGAACACAGAUGAAGCUGCGCUAGAAGGCGCUGGUGCUCUGGACAGCCAGGUGUCUGCGGGUUCGGCCACGACGGCAGCGGUGGUGGGAGCGCCGCUCACAGACAUUACAAUCUCCACAGAAGCCAUGAGCGUGGUGUCCGUCACCAGUCAGUGCAGUUACAGCAGCACCAUAGUGCACGUGCCGCAGCCAGAGUCAGAGGUCACAGCCUUAGAAGAUGCUCCAAUGGGGAGUGAACCAACAGACUCCGCCCCCACCCCUGCACGCCCCGCCCCCAGCACCUCCUCAGCGGCUCAGGAGGAGUUACUCGUGGUGGGUCUUACUAAAAAGGUGCUGUCGGCCCACACCCAGAAGGAGGAGCAGCAAUUCGUAGAUCGUUUCCAACAUCGUAUCCUGCAGAGUCCCUACAGCUCCUACCUCCAGCAGGACAACAGCAGCAUGGACCAUUCUCAUCACAGAUCUGAUGUUGUGCGUCCUCCAAACAAGCACAAGCGGCCCAAACCAGAAGACUUAUCCGACAGCUACGGCUCCCAGCCGGGCAAAUACUGGUCACUUCCCAGACCCACAGGAGCACCUCAUUCCUCCUGGCCGUCCUCGGAGUCGUCUCAGCCCCCGCCAUCCAACAUUGGCUUUGUGCCACCCAUGGCAGUACCAAUGCAGUCGGCCCCUUACUUCAGUCUGCUCGGUGCAGAUCAGCAGCCCAUGGUGGUCCAGCCUGACCAAGCUGUCCAGAACCUCCAACCCAUGCCUCCCAUGACUCCCAUGAUGGUCGUCCUGCUUCCUAACUACCCCAUGUACCCCGGCAACAAUGGCAUGUAUCCGCAGGGGAUGCCCGUCCCGGCGCCCGGAGUCGUUCCCCAGCCUCCCUUUAAUAUGGGCGGCUACAUCCCGCCUGGUUGCCACAUGCCACAUGGAUCUCCAUCUCAGGGGCAUCCUCCAGGGUCCAGCGUCACAGGAGCUGGGAUGCCACCGGGUGCCUCGGCGGAGGUCGACUCGAUACCUGCCCCUUGGUUUGGGGAAGACCUUGAUGCAGCGCAACCUACAGCACUCUUCUCCAGCUCUCGCUCCAGCUCGCCCAUCCAGCUGAACUUACUCCAGGAGGAGCUGACCAAACCCACCGAAGCCCAGAACAGCACCGGUCCAGAGAGUCUGCAUGAGCACCACGCCAAAGCGGUGAGACCAACUGAGAUCGGACUUGAGUAGUUUCCAGAAGUUGAAAUACCCUGAGGAGUGACAUGAUCUACUCCAUCUGAAGCUAUUUUA